CUUUAGUGCCUGUUGGUCACAAAAGUUACCAUUUUCCAACUAGCCCUACAGCAUUUGGUUGGAUAGCCUGGAUACAGGUUAACAUAUUGAUUUGUAAUUGCCUGAUGGCCACAUGUGUGAGCAAAAAUAAUUCAUCCUAGAUCCACAAGAGGUCACCACCGAUCCUUUCAAGAUGGCAGCCUCCAUAACCCAGGGUGUGCGAUCAUUUUACGGGCGCCAGUAUCGGCCGAGAUAUAUUCAAGUUGACAUUCCUGAUGACAGUGAGGAUGACUUAAGCAGUGAUGAGGACUUCAACAUGGAUAAUUUAGACACCGACUUCCAUCCAAAUGAUGAUGAGGGCAGUUCUGGAUCUGAAGAUAGCACGGAGGAUGAAACCAUCACUGACGACCAGUCACUACCUUCCCACCCUCAAACACAGAAAUCUUCCAGAACAAACACUAUCAAAUGGAACAAAAGUGCUAAACUAACCCAACGCCCUGAAGCUGACUUUCCUGAAAGGCGACUCACUCUAAAUCAAGAUUUUCUUGAAACACAGAGCCUUUCAAAUAACAGUUCUCCCAUCAGCUUCUUUCGAGCAUUUAUGGAUGAAAAUUAUAUCAAGGAAGUGGCAUUUCAAACCAACCUUUAUUCAACACAGAGCUCUCAAGCUUCAGGUUCCAGGGCUCCACCUGCAGUCACGGUGGAAGAAAUAAAUAAAGCAUUGGGGAUCUUGCUCUACAUGGGGGUUGUAAAAAUGCCAAACAGAAGGAUGUACUGGUGUCCCAGCACUAAAGUCCCACUUAUUUCAGAAAGUAUGUCACGAAAUCGAUUUGAACGCAUCAUGAGUUGCCUGCAUUUCAACGACAAUUCCAGCAACGAUGGAACACAAAAAUUGUUCAAAAUACAACCUUUCCUUGAUCAUGUACAGCAGAGAUUCAAAGGUGUUGUAGUGCCCGAAACCUACCAAUGUAUAGAUGAGAUGAUGGUUGCUUUCAAAGGUCGACAUUCAUUGAAGCAAUAUAUGCCAAAAAAGCCUUCCAAAUGGGGAUACAAGUUGUGGGCAAGGGCAGGCGUUUCUGGGUAUGUGUAUGACUUUGAGGUUUGUGGCGGUGGUCCCAAAGGCCCACCCUCUGAAGCCGAAGUACCAAAAGUACUGGGGGAAAGUGAAUGUGUUGUUUUGCGACUCAUCCAGCCACUGGCUCCAAAACAACACAAGAUCUUUUUUGACAACUACUUUUCCAGUCCUGAACUUCUCGUCUACCUCAAGGAACAGGGUCACUUUGCAGUUUGCACCAUAAGGCAAAAUCGUCUGAGGCAUUGUCCAGUAAUGAGUGAGAAGGACAUCAAAAAGGCCGGUAGGGGUUCCAUGGAUCAAUGCGUCGAUAAGGAUAACAAUGUUGUUGUAUGUGCCUGGCAAGACAGUAGACGGGUCCUUACUGCGUCAAAUUAUGUGGGUGUGGAUCCAGUUGACGAAUGUAAACGCUAUGACAGAAAGCUGAAACAGGAGAUUACAAUCCCUCGUCCUGCAAUAGUGUCCAUAUACAACAAGUUCAUGGGCGGAGUGGAUAAGGCUGACAUGAUGAUUAGUCUCUACAAAACCAAAUUCCGAUGCAGAAAAUAG